AAUCCUGGCAGGAGGCAACCCCGCCGCGUGAACAAACAGAAAUCUCUCUUCUCUCUCUCUCUUUCUGUCGUGGGGGCGAAAUCGAGUCCGUCGUCUAGGGUUUGGUCUGGUCACGGCAGCAGCGUCGGCGACAUCUCCUUCCGCCGCCGCCGUCGUCGUCUUCCUCUUUUCCUCCGAUCGCGUCCUCCCCGAUUCCCCUCCCAAUCGCACCAGGCUUCGUUCGCGUUCGACGCUGAUCUCUCUCUUCCUCCUCGAAUCAGGCACCUAGGGUUCCGGCGGUCUCUGCAUCGAAUGAUGUACAUAUCACCGCCCUCCCGUCGCGUCCUCUCUAUCGCGAUCUAUGUGAGCCUCCGCGUGUUCGGACCCGGCUUGAAUCCGUUCGCCCCCUACUGCGUCGCCCAUCACUCCCUCUCCCGCUAAAUUCGCUCGCCGCCUCCCUUCUCCUUCCUCUUUGUGUUUUUUUUUUUUUUUUUGAAGCGUCUUGCUUUCUGCCGCCGGGAGCUUUCUGGUAUUUGCUCGCGCUUGGCGGAGCAAAAUUGAGUCUUUUGCUCUGGGGUUCCGUGGUGAUUGAUAAUACCGGUGCUUGGUAAAACCUGUUUCGGCGGUUAAGUGUCUGGAGGAUCAUGCCUCAAGGGGAGGUGGCUUCGAUUCGGAGGAACCCGUCGCUGACGAGGAGGCGCUCGUUCAGGAGCAGGGUCGAUGGGGAUGACAGGGGUUGGACCCUGCUCCACAUCGGUGCUCGGAAAGGCGACCUCAGGCAGGUAAGGCGCCUUCUUGAUGAAGGAAUGGAUGUGAAUGUGGCUGCUGGGGGCCCCAAAUCAAAAGGGGUAACGCCACUCCACCUUGCUGCUGAGGGUGGCCACGUGGAAGUCAUGGAUGAACUGCUCGAGCGAGGUGCAAAUAUUGAAGCUAGAACAAAAGGAGCCUGUGGCUGGACACCUCUCCAUAGUGCGGCCAAAGAAAGAAAACGGGAAGCAGUCAAAUACUUGAUAGAGAAUGGAGCCUUCUUGCCUGAUGACAUAAAUGAUUGCAGAUUCAAUCCACCGCUGCAUUACUGCCCUGGCCUUGAAUGGGCUUACGAGGAGAUGAAGCGUCUUCAGCAGGACAGCUCAUCUGCUGGUGAGGGCUCCUCCUAUAGCUCGGAAAGCUUAUGAUGAGUCUUCCUACACGCUCGGGACUCAGAAGCCUCUCUUAUGAGCUGACAUGGUCACCGUAGAAUGAGGAUUGCAUUGCUAGUGAAACAUGCCAUCAUCCCACUCUCUCUAUCUCACAAGCGCGUCUUCAUCUUGUAGUCUUUGUUCUGAUGUUUGAAGUUAAACACAGUACUCUGGUGUAUUUGAAGUCGAUGACUUUCUUAUUAUGUACUCGAGAACCAUUAUAAGGAUGAUAUCUUGUAAUAAAGUGUCAACUUUGUUCUCAUUUCAUCAGGAGUUGGUAC